CCAGCUACCACCGCUGAAGAAAGAAAAAAAAAACAGUAAAAUCCGCGAUGAUGCUUCCCCUCCUCCUGCUCUUGCCCCUGCUCGCCGUCGCCGGCGCCGGCACGGCCGCGGCGACGAAGACGGCGUACGAGGCGCUGGCGGACUUCGACUUCCCGCCGGGCAUCAUCCCGAAGGGGGUGGUCUCGUACACGCUGGACAACGCGACGGGCGACUUCACGGCGCACCUGGACAUGAAAUCCACCUGCGAGUUCUCCAUCCAGGGCUCCUACUCGCUCCGCUACAAGCCCAACAUCAGCGGCCGCAUCUCCGUCGACAAGCUCACCAACCUGGAGGGCGUGUCCGUCAAGAUCCUCUUCUUCUGGGUCAACAUCAUCGAGGUCACCCGCAGCGGCGACAACCUCGGCUUCUCCGUCGGCAUCGCCUCCGCCGAGUUCGGCCUCGACAACUUCCUCGAGUGCCCCACCUGCGGCUGCGGCUUCGACUGCAACGACCUCCAGCUUCCCGCGGAGCCGAGCCUGCGCCUCCGAGGUGCGUUCUAGAAUCCCCGCCCCCGUUCCCCGAGAGGAAGCCCCCCUUCGAGAUUCGACUACUUCUUGGAUCGAUAAUCUUGCUAUUGUUGUUGUUUGCAAGAAUCCAAGGGGUUGGUAGUAGUACUUUGUAUAGUUCCGUUUUAGAUGGGACAACAACUUCAGAACUCCAUUUCGUUGCGUGUGUGAGAGGUGUACUGUUUCUGAAAGUUUAGAGGAGAACACUUAAGAUCAAUAAAUGUUUCAGAUUUCUAAAAAUUUCUGAUUAA